AGCAGUGGCUGCGCGCGCGGAGAUGCUGCCGUUGUGGGGACUGUCCGUGGGGAACGAAUUCCGCGUGGGAAGCCGACCCGCGGUCCUUGGCCUCAGUUAUCAGGCUGGAAGACUAGGGCGGGAGCCAUAGAGUCACCUACAAAGGAAAGCCCUUCUGAAGAGCCCAGGGCAGGGACCAUGGAGACAGAUGUGCCUUCACCCCAUCCCAGGGGCGAGAGUGGAAAUUCUCAGGGAGAGCAGACUGCCCCCUGUGGUCCCUAUGAACAAAGCCCACGACGAAUUUCAGACCAAGAUGAAUCCCAAGUGAGUUAUACAGAUAUGGAACGCUUUGACUGUCCAGAUGGUAGGAAAGCCUUCAGCCCUGCUUCGAAGCGCAAGCAACAACGUCAGAAUACACCCACCAUCCACGGACCCUCUGGGGGUUGUGACUGGGGGAGACUCCUUGAUCAGGGCUCACCCCCUGUCCAAUAUCCAAUCAUUUCCACCAAAGAGAGGCCCUACAGAUGCACUGAAUGCAGCAGGGCCUUUAGCCGGAGCUCCAACCUCACGGCCCACCAGCAGAUCCAUGUGGACGAGAAGCCAUACACGUGUGAUGAGUGUGGCAAGGCCUUCCGCCGCAACACCUACCUGGCCCAGCACCAGCGGAUCCACAGCCAGGACAAGCCAUUCAUAUGUGGUGAGUGUGGGAAAACCUUCUGCCUCAGCACCUACCUGGCCCAGCACCAGAGAGUCCACCUGCAGGAGAAGCCAUUUGCGUGCGGCAAGUGCGGGAAGACCUUCUGCUACCGCUCAGCCAUUGCCCAGCACCAGGUUACCCACUUGGGCGAAAAGCCCUAUGAGUGUGUGGAGUGUGGCGAGGCCUUUGGCCGCAGCGCCCACCUCAGGCGCCACCAGCAGACGCACACACGGGAGAAGCCCUACACCUGCACUGACUGUGGGAAAACCUUCAGCAACAGCUCCACCCUCAUCCAGCACCAGGUCACCCACACAGGUGAGAAGCCCUUUGAGUGCAGGGAGUGCGGUGAGGUCUUUGGCCGCAGCGCCAACCUUAGGCGCCACCAACGGACACACACCCAGGAGAGACCAUAUGAGUGCAAGGACUGUGGGAAAACCUUCAGGCACAGCUCCACCCUCUUCGGUCACCGGUCCAUCCACACAGGCGAGAAGCCUUACAAGUGUGAUGCUUGUGGGGCAGCCUUCAGCCGGAACACGACCCUCAAGCAACACUGGAGGCUCCACACUGGUGAGAAACCCUAUGUGUGUGCCCAGUGUGGGAAGUCCUUCCGCCUCCGCUCCAAACUCAGCCAGCACCUCAUUGUGCACACGGGCGAGAAGCCCUAUGUGUGCGGUCAGUGUGAGAAGGCCUUCACUCAGUCGUCCACCCUGAUUCGACACCAGCGAAGUCAUGCUGGUGGGACAUCGUAGCAGAUGAGUGGAUGCCGGGAGGUCAGUGUGGUUGUGGUCUUUGUACCAGGCAAUCUUAUCCUGUUGCUUCCACGGACAAACCAUGGGCAAACCACUUGGCAGCUCUGGCCAUGGGUCUCCCUCUCUGUCAUAGGACUUGGUUGGACCUGAUGAUCCAGUGGGCCUCAGGAGUAUCUUAAAGCUCACAAAAUGCCAAGACGUCUUUACGCUUAGUGGAAACCUUGCAGGAUCCUGGUUGGACAAUCCAGGAUUGAUUUGGACGUGAACCCGAGAAACCUAACAGUUGCUGAAGCUUCAUGCAGUCAGCCUCCACCCCCCACCCCAACUCCCAUGGCAUCUGGGUGGAAAGGUGUGGCUAUGGAGUGCCAGAGGGUUUCCUCUUUGCAGCUGGGGUUGCUGAAGGCAGAUGGUUGAUCGUGGGGGGCCUGGCAGGGCCCGUGAGUUCCAGCCUUUCGUGAGGGGCUCUUAGCAGGGUUUUGCUUCCAGCGAGGUGUCCCCACUUCUGAGCCAUGGGGGAGGGCUUGUCUGCAACCUUCUCUCUUGCCCCCAUGUGACUUUAUCUGUCCUUGAAUCAGCGUUUGGUGUUGGGUUUUGCCAUCCUAUUCUUCCUUGGCAUGGGUUCCUUUAGCUGAUUUCUUUCUUUUAUUGCAUUUCCUCUUCUACCUAUAGCUGAAAGUGGCAGACUGGAAGGGGAAUGUAGGAUGAUUGCCAGCAGUCCAUGCCCUGAGGCCUGAAAUUGGGUUCCUGACCCCUGACUCUGUGGGGAAAGGCUCAUAAUGUUGCCACCCUUAACCACCAAGGUGAAAACUUCAGAAAACCUCCCCAUUGAGACAAACUUUCCCCCACAUUCUGCUGGUUCCAGUGGCAGCAAAGGUGACUCAUCUCAACGCUUUAUUUUCCUACAAUGAGAGGCGUAGGCUGAAAUCCACAGCGUGGCCUCCACAAAGGUUUGGCAUCACCUGGCCGACAGAGCCACCCGCAGUGAAGCGGGAGGUGGUGACUUGCAGGGAAGGAGUGUGGGAUCGGGACCUUGAAGACCAGCCCUUUAGUUGGUGUUUGUGAGGGUGUCCCUUGGCUUCUCAGAGCCUCGGACUCCUUAGCUGUCAGGCUGGGAUCGUAGCACCUACUUUGGACAUGAGGGUCUUAGAAGAAAGAGGCUGUACUCAGGUGACCCCUUAUGUCUCACAGAGUGUAGUAGGUCUCAACUGUGAGCUGAGUGUCUUUCUUCACAGGGCCAUCUCCCCUCUGUUUGUUUUCUCGCCUUCUCAUGACACAGCAGUUGUGUUGGAUAAGGGCCCACUCUAAUCCAAUUUGACCUCAUUUUAACUAAUCACAUCUUCAAUUUCUGAAUAAGGUUCCAUCCACAGAAUGGGAUUAUAGGACUUGAACUUGUCUUUGGGGGCUACAUAAUUCAACCUGUAAGAUGCCUCCAAGGCACUGGGGUACUGAUCGGUUUUGAGGUAUCCACUGUGCAGUUCUGAUAAUGGUACCAAAGGUUGUAAGUAAUUUGUUUCAAAACAUACGUGAGAAUGGAUUGAAUACUACCCCCCACCACAGACACACUUGAUUUAUACUUUGCUCUCCUGACUGAGGAAUGAAGCAGGGAAUUGAACCAGCAGCAUAUUAGCUGGUUUUUAGUUUUGACAAAGUUCAAUCUGUCUUCUGUUGCUUGUGUUUUUGUGUCUUAUCUAAAAAUGGAAAAGAUCUCACUGUGUACAUCUGUGAUAUUUAAUAUAGUAUCAUCUUCCAAUUUAUUGCUGUCUCCCACACUUUAGGAAACACUGUUAAAAGAAGGAGUUCUGUUGCUAAAAAAUAGAAAGUUUGAAAAUCAUUACUCUAGCACACAGGGAUCCUAAUUUAUGAGAAGAAAAGGAAAUGGGUUUUUCCAAAAGACAUUUAAGAGGUAUUAGACAUAUCUCAUCGAGACUACUGCAUCAUUUAAAAUACCAGAAUCAACACAUAAGAUAGGAAAGGAGGCUAUUAUGUAUUGGGUACAAGGGGUUCUCUACUGGGUGGUGAUGGGAUGGGGAAGAGGGAAUUUCAUGUUUUGCUCUUUAUGCUUUUGUAUUACUGAAAUCUUUUUUAAAGAAUGUAUUCAUGUAUUACUUCUGUAAUAUAAAAUGAUACUUGUUCACGGUGGAAAAUCCGAGUAUCCCAAAAGUAUGAGGAAGAAACUGAAGUCACUUACUCAGAAACAAACAUUCUGAAGAUUUUGUUGAAUUUCCUUCCAGUCUUUUUUUUUCUGUAACCACAGAGUAUUUUUUAAUUGAAAUCUUCUAGAUAUAAUGGUUGAUAUCAUGUUUUAUCAUUCAGUAUCAUGUCAUGAGCCCUUCCCAACGUCAUCAGUAAGGCUUGACGAAAGCAGUUAUGAUGUUAGACAUUAUGGGGCCACCAACCUCCUGGACUCCUCUCUUUCUCGGCAGAGGCAACACCUCCCAACCCUCUGGAAGUCUGACUGGGACUAAUCCGACCGAGGGAAUGUGAAUGGAAGCAACGUGUUCACUUCCAGGCUGGGCGGUGAGAAACUCUGGCAAGAUCCUCCAGCUUUCUGCAUUUUCUGCCGUGGCAACCAAGGAGAUGCUCCCAGGGCUGGAGCCGCUGUCACCUGCGUCUCAGUGUGGACAGAUCAGAUCCCCCCACACCCCCACACCCCUCCUGCCAGCCCACACUGGGCAUGUAGCAUGAGUGAGAAAUAGCUCCUUGUCUGCUAAGCUGCUGAGAUCUGACACGCAAAUGUGUCACCACAGCAUAAACUAGUUCACUGUGACUCAUACAAUGAAUUGUAUCCCUUCUGUUGUAAGUAAUACUGCACCUUCCUUAACCAGGUUUUCCCCAGACCCCUCUCAAUUAUAUGCCACAGUCAAAGUUAAAACAAAUUCAAAUUCCUUUAAAUCAGCCCGCUCUUUUUACUUAAAUAUUUUUAAAGAGGACCUUCUACCACCAUCAUGAGUUGGAAGCUAGUAUCUCGUCAGUAAUGGACAAAUUGGUGGAGGUGUUAAAAAACACCAAAACGAUAUUAAAUUCUAGCUAAAAAACUGUCUGGGCCUGAGGCUUGCUCUCUUUGUGAUUGCAGAGGAGUUGACAGCCAGUACGUGCUUUCUCCUUGAUCACCUGAGAUUGGACUGGAAUUGAAAAGGGAUAUUUGACGAUGGGUCUGAAGACCAUCUGAAAUCAUUGUGUAGUCCACCCCGGAUCCAUGCUCUGCCCACACGCUGGGAAAACAGACUUAACUGCUGUCAUAUAAAUAAGCUGAUGAUGCACUUGCCCCUUCUUCCUGGGCAGUUUUCACCCUAUGGGCCAAGAUUGUAAUAAAUGGCCUUGUGCACAAUUUCCAGUAUGCCUCUCUGAUAAUUUCCUUCACACAGCUUAUGACACACAGAAAUCACUUCCUUCAUUCUUGGUGUGUCUGAUGCUGAUAUAAGUGGUCCCUGAUAACAAUUUUCCCCCUUUUUCCUUCAGUAACAGAAU